AAAAGACAUUAUAAAGCUUUCUUCUCUCUCUCUCCUCAAGUGGUUCACUCUUUCAUUUGAUAUCUCCUGUCUUUGUCUCUCUCUCUCUCAUCUUUCAAUUUUGCUUGCCUACUUACUUCAAGUUUGAACCUUUUUGUCCUUUUUUCUUCUCCAUCACACUCUCUCAGUGUAGCUUCAGUGGACUGUUUGUUAGGGUUUGGCAGAGAGUGGGAGUGUUCUCAUUUGCUAGGUAGAGGAUUCGAAUCUGAAGUUUCAUACAAAAAAGGCUUGUGUUGAUCUCGUGAAAACUUUGGUAGUUGUAAGUGUUUCAUCUUCUGUCUGUCUCUCUGGUUCUCUAGUUUAUGAUUCUCUGAGAUCUUCCUAGAUUCAUGCAUUUUCCUCCAGUUUGUGGUUCAUGCAACCAAAUCUGAAUUUAGAUCUUUAGAUUUUAACCAAAGUGUUUGACGAAAUGGAUUUCUUGAAAGUUCGAAACUUUCUCAAGUCAAGGAAGCCAAACCAAAGGAAGGAGAAAGAUGAGCAAGAACAAGCAAGGAGUGACAACACAGUACCUUGUGUGACUGAUUCCACCAAAGGAGAUGAGAACGAAGACGAGGAAGACGAUGAUUUCAUCACCAAUGAGGUUAAGAGAAGGCUUAAGGAGUUGAGAAGAAACAGCUUCAUGGUCUUGAUCCCUGAAGAAGACGAAGAAGAAGACAAGGAGUCUUAUCUAGGUGAAGAUGAAGAAGGAGAAGACAAGUGUUCAAAUGAGUGGAGAGAUGUUGUCGCUGAAGGACUUCAAUGGUGGGGAGGCUUCGAUGCUGUCUAUGAAAAGUAUUGCGAGCGUAUGCUCUUCUUUGAUCGCUUAACCUCCCAACAGCUUAAAGAAUCUGGCAUUGGAGUUGCUUCAUGUCCUUCAACUCCAUCCCCAAGAUCUGCAACUAAGAAGCUGCCAUCGCCUUUUCGAUGUCUUUCUCUCAAGAAAAUGGAUCUCCCCGAGGAAGAUAUGGACCCUUUGCAGCAGACGGGGGUCGACCCUUGUCAAGAUCUUGAGACAGCGUACGUUGCUCAGCUCUGCCUCACUUGGGAGGCACUUCACUGUCAGUACACUCAGCUGAGCCACUUGAUCUCAUGCCAGCCCGAAACGCUGACUUGCUACAACCAUACCGCUCAGCAGUUUCAGCAGUUCCUGGUCUUACUGCAGAGGUACAUUGAGAACGAACCGUUUGAGCAUGGGACAAGAUCUGAGCUUUACGCUCGUGCCAGAAACGCAAUGCCUAAGCUACUUCAAGCUCCCAAGAUUCAAGGGACAGAUAAAAAGGAGAUGGAGAAAGAUACAGACUUCACGGUCCUAGCUGAGGAUCUCAUCAAACUCCUUGAGAGCUCGAUCCUUACAUUCAACGUUUUCUUGAAGAUGGAUAAGAAGAAACCAAAUGGGGUUACUACUAACUUGUUUGGGAACCAUAACAAUAUGAAUUCUACAACCCCUUUGCAGCUAGUUCAGUCAUCUAUCGAUAAGAAGAGGGUGAAAGCGAAGGAGCUAUCCAAGAAGACAAAAGGGCUGAGAAAGAAGUCUUGGCCUCAAACAUGGGAAGGUGUUCAGCUCUUGUUUGCAGGCGUUGACAUCAAACUAGCAACAAGGGUUUUGAGAAUGGGGAAAAUCAGUAAAGAGCAGCUACUGUGGUGUGAAGAGAAGAUGAAGAAACUCAAUUUUUCUUCUGGGAAGCUUCAAAGACACCCAUCUCCUAUUCUUUUCCCUUCUUGUUGAUAACAAUAAUGAAUGUUGAUACAGUGAUUUCAGAUCGAGUUACCAUCUUUUUUCCAGACAAAUUAGUGAAGUAGAUGCUGUGUUUUCCAUGUGUUUAGUUAUCUUUGCAUUAAGGUUUUAAAUCUAAGAAGAGUUGUUUUAUGGUCAA